CUUUCACACUGCACCUCUUGGACCAGGAUGAAGGUGCUUCUUUGGUUCCGACGCGACCUGCGUCUGCACGACAACUUGGCGCUGAAUGCGGCGCUGCAGCAUAUUGAGGAGGCGAAGAGUGACGUGGAGCUCAUCUCGCUGUACAUUAUUCAUCGGCCUCAGAUCAUGCGCUGUGGAGCGAACCGCUUCCAAUUCGUACUCGAAAGUGUCGCGGACUUGUCCGGUGCGCUGGCAGAGCGCGGCUCAAAGCUUGUGGUAGCGAAAGGUGACAGCAUCCAGGUGCUUCGACGUGUUUUGCCGGCGUGGGACAUCACACACAUGUUCUUCGACGGCGUCUGUGAGCCUUAUGCAGUCGAGCGAGACGAUCGAGCUCUUGCAUUGGCCAAGAGUCUGGGGGUGCAGACCCACGUAACGAAAGGAUAUAAUCUCUACGAUUUAGAGGUAGUGAUUGCCAGUCACUCGGGUAAGGCGCCAAAAACAUAUCAGAGGUUUUUAAAAGCGGUGGGGGCGCAACCAACACCACGCGAGCCGAUACCGACACCAGAAACACUGCCAUCCCCCACGAGAAAGCACAGCGAGUUGUAUGAGCAGAUUGCGAAUUACUGGAAAGAUCGAAAAUUGAGCGACGAAGAGAAAGAGGAUGACCUGGAAGAGAGAGAGCGACAGAUCGACCAGAUUGCCGGGCCAGAACAUGACUUUACGCUUCCUGAUCUCACGUACUUUGGCUAUGAAACCCCGGAGAAGCAUUCGUUUAUCUACGGCGGAGAGCAAAAGGCACUAGAGAUGUUAAAGAAUUACUGUAGUGAUCAAGACCGUGUGGCCCUGUUCGAGAAACCGAAAACGUCCCCUGCGCAGAUCCCGCCAACUCCCUCGACUACGGUUUUGAGCCCAUACAUGUUCUACGGAUGUCUCAGUCCGCGGACUUUCUAUCAUCAAGUGCGCUCUAUCCAGCGAGGACGUAAGAAAGUGUCUGUGCCGCCUGUGAGCUUGAUCGGGCAGCUUUUGUGGCGUGACUUCUACCAUUGCCACGGUCGCGCCAAUCCUUAUUUCGACAAGAUGGAGGAGAGCUCUACGUGUCUUCAGGUCAAUUGGCGGUACCACACGAUUCCAGAGAACGAAGAGGACUUGAGUGAUGACGAUAAACUUGCUCGCUCGCAGUUUGAGGCGUGGAGAGAUGGACGGACUGGAUUCCCGUGGAUCGACGCCAUCAUGAUCCAGCUGAAGGAAGAAGGUUGGAUGCAUCACUUGGCGCGUCACUCGGUAGCGUGUUUCCUAACGCGAGGUGAUCUGUACAUCUCGUGGGUUCGUGGGCUCGAGGUUUUCCAAGAGCGGCUGAUCGAUCACGACUGGAGCCUCAACGCUGGUAACUGGCUCUGGCUUAGUAGCAGCUAUUUCUUCACGGCCUACUUCCGCGUGUAUUCUCCCAUCUCUUUCGGGAAGAAAUCGGACCCCGAAGGUCUCUUCAUCAAGAAGUACAUUCCAGCAUUGAAGAACUUCCCCGCCAAGUAUAUCUAUGAGCCGUGGAAAGCCCCACUGACUCUUCAGCAUGCUGCAGGGUGCCGCAUUGGCAAAGAUUAUCCGACACCAAUUAUCGAGCACAAAACUGCAAUGAAACGGUGUGUGGAGGGCUUGAAGAUGUCGUAUGCCAACGGCCAGUAUGGUAUCCCGCCUACAUCCCAGACGAGUAAGAAGCGCCAGCGUGAGGGCUCGGAUGACGAGUCGAAGCAGCAGUAG